UAUCCGCGAUUUCCGCAGGAGCUGAUGACCGCAUUGCGAGUUCCUCCGGUUGGAUCCUUCACACUGACGAAGUGCCACCUGUUUGCCACGCUUGGUAUCAUGCUGCACUCGCGUCUCAGGUGGGACUCCCGCUCAGUUCCAGACCCGAGAAGCCUUGGACAGCUGCGCACAUGCUCUUGUCAAAUGGCAAUCGACCAUACGGCAAGAGAUUCGCACUCGUCACAACACUUUCCUCCGGAGUGCUGCUUUGCAGUAUAGCGGAAUCUCGAAAAGUGUCUCUCAGCGUCACACUGAAGCACCCACUUGCGCUUAAUUCAGUGGCCCACCCCUCGGUCCGCAACAGGCUCAAAACAAUCAGUCUUUUCCGAGUCGCUCGUAACGCAUUUUCCCCGUCGGGUGCUCAUCUCCAUGAAUACCGUCAUCAAUUCCUGUCGGACGUAUGUGCCACGUAUUCCACACAUUCAGCUCUGAUGUCGAGCCUGCAUCAGUGGCGGACAUGGCCCUGUACUCAACACAUGCACCCAAUCCCUCCAUGUUGGAUUUCGAGCUCUACGAUGUACCCGUGUCAUGGGCGUCGCAGCUUACGAACAGACUCAAUGCGCGAUGUUGUACCGCGACUUACUGCGAAUACACUCCUGACAAACUUGUCAAUGUCAAUCCGCUGGAACAAUCCAUCCCUCUCGAUGAUCCAGAGGGGCCUGGGUACCUUGCUAUCUGACAUCCAAAGCCCGCAUUUGGAGCAUUUCAGCAUUCGCAUUGACCUGUACCCCGAGACGUCAGAAGAUGGGGACAAAGCCUCCCUCAGCGAGACAGACCCUCCCGGCUCCACCUCCGCUUUCCACACUAAACUCUCUCGUAGUGUCUUUGACCAACUUCCAGGAUUUUCUAUGCCGGGCCGGCACUCGGAGUUCACUGGUGUAUACAUCGCGGUCGAGAUGAGGGAGGCUGAAACCGCCACAAUGUCUGCGAUCAAGUCACACAUGAUCACUCUAUUCGCGCCAUGGCUGGACCGCGGAGUCUUACGGCUCUCUAUCAGCCCCAAUCCAGACGGUGAACAGUUCGUCACUCGUAAUCCCUCAUCAGUACACUCAGACCUUGGUGAGUGCCCUGACUCUGUCGUCUGUAAGGGCGCAGCCGCGAUGCGCUCAGUGCGCUCAUCCGUUUGAGGCCGCAUGCCAGCAUCGU